AUGACGAAAUCCAUCAGCAAGGUCAUCUACAAGCCUGACUCUCAGUCAACAGACGAGUUCUGUCUGCUCGUGCACACCGAAGAAUACAAGAAGUGGAAAGGAGGUGGUGACUCUAUCCCACUGACAGAAGUGGUGGAUUCCUUCCAGGCGUUCCACUCUGGCCAGGGCCCGCAAGGGAUUCUCGGCAAACCAUCUAAUCAACAAUUGGACACUGUCUUCGGCACGUCGAAAGACGUCGAUGUUGCCCUAAUCAUUCUCGAGAAGGGAAGGCAUCAGGUCACGGAGGGCGUGCAGGGUUCAACGUUCAGUACUACGAACUCGGCGAGAGGAACAGUGGCGGUUGAUAACAGGGGCAAAGGGUUUAGUGGUGUAUAG